AGCGUGUGUAACCUAUGUGUAUCCAAACACAAGAGUUUGGAUACACGUAAGUUUUUGAUGACUUAAUGUUACGUCAAAUUUAAAAAUUUUACUCCAAUCAUUUCCUUUAAUAAUAAAAGAUAAAAUGGACCAUUGUGAACAAAAAAUAUAUUUUUUAACAUAAACAUAUUAAAGAACACAGUUGUGGUAUUAAAAAAUAUUCAAAAUUAAUAACUUACUAGUGAAUGCGAAAAUGGCAUCUGAUACUUUUCUUUACUUUGCCUAUGGAAGUAAUUUACUGAAAAAGAGAAUACAUAUAAAUAAUCCUACAGCAGUAUUUAUUGGUAUUGGAAAGCUGAACGAACACCAGCUGGAUUUUAUAAAAUAUUCUGAUAAUUGGCGUGGAUCAUCAGCAACUAUUAUUCCAACUCAAAAUCAUUAUAUUUGGGGUGCCGUUUGGAGAUUACACAAUAAUGAUAUGAAAUCAUUAGACCGGCAAGAAGGUGUCGAGUCGAACUGGUAUUUUCCUAAAAGUGUUGACAUUGUUACACCGGAAGGUGAAAAAUUAAAAUGUCGAACUUACCAACAAACUAUAAAUCCCCCUCCCAGAGCCCCUGGAGAAGAAUUACCUAUAGAAAGGAGACCUUCUAGUACUUACAUGGAUUGUAUAAUAAAGGGGGCCAUUGAAUGUAAUUUGCCAGAAGAUUAUAUAAUGAAAUUGAAGAAAAUUCCUCAUAAUGGACAAAAAGCCAGCCAAAAAAUGAUUGAAAAGUUAAACUUGUAACUUGUUAAGUUUCACUGUAUGAUGUAUCCCAGUUAUUAUAAAUUUAUUGUAUGAAUAUUUAAAUAAAGAAUACACUAUUAAA